AUGGAUACAAACACUUCAGAAAUUGUUAGAAGGACUUACCACACUAUCCAGCGUGCGUUGUCUGUGGCAGCAAGUGGGGAAAUAACAUUGAUCUCGCACUUACAUCUCAUCCAUGCUCUUGGCUUGACUUGGCGAGAUCUCUUGGCGGGGCGGGAGUUGCCUCUGAGGGUCGAGAGAGAGAGGAUGCGCGACUUGAGCUCCUCCGCGCGGUCAGACUACUUCUGGCAGACCUCAGCUUCCAGCUCUCCUCUUUGCUACUGUAACCAAGUGCAAGUUCCAGCACAUAAGUCAAGGGCGACCCUUUGCAUCAUGUUCGUAAUUACCCCGAGCAUUUUGCUCCUAGUGGAUGCAUUUGGCCCAGGUACAAGGGAGGUGGCUUAUGGGACAACUGGACCACCACCUGCCUCAGUCAGCGCUGAAAUAGCACGUCUCAGCGCCCCCCGACAAGGUCAUGGCUAUGACUCCUCUGGAAAUGGUGGAUUCUCUACACACAACUCUCCGUGGGCAGAACAUGGCCAGGGAUCAAUGGAGAGAAAUCUGACACAGAACACUGAUGGUAGUCAGUUUUAUGGGUAUUCCUUCAGCCCUCCAACAGACCUCACAAAACUUAAGGAAGUGUAUGCAACUAUAUUGUCUUGCAUGGAGAAGAAGAUGGAGGCCAGGGAAGUUCAGAUGAUGGAUUCUGGUGAAUUAUGUGGAGGUCCUGUCAGAAGCGUUGAUGUGCAUAGAGCAUGGGAGGAUGCCAGACAGGGUCUAAGAGAAUUUAAAGAUGAAACAGAUAUCAACAGGCCUAUGAUUUGCAUGGACCAAGAUGGUGGCUUAUGCCUAAAGCAGGAAACGGCACUUGACUUUGGAAGGACAAUGAAGGAGCAGUACCAGCCUCCACCAACCACAUGGAAUAGAUGGAAUGAUGCCCUCGAACUCCACACAACCAUAAAUAGCAAUGGAAGUUUUGGAGGAGACUGUACAAUAGCUUGUUCGCAAGACUCGGGCAAAGUAGAGCAAGAGGAUGAUUGUGUCAUGAACACGGAGGAGAGAGUGGAGCAUAAUGAAAAGCAAAGAAUGAACUCCAGUUUGUUUCCUGAAGGAUCUAACAGUACACCAUGGGAACAUCUGUUGUAUGAGGAAGAGAAAAAUCAUGGUGAAUUUAAAACUGCUACAAAGAUGUUAAAGAAAAAGGUCAUAGGCACCAAAUUCUGCGGAUUCUGCAAAAGUAAUGGAGCAACAGCAAAGAGUUUCUUAAGCCAUCCCCUCAGGAAUGAUUUUGGGAAACUUGUAUGCCCAGUUUUAAGAAGUUAUACCUGCCCUUAUUGUGGAGCCACAGGUGAUGCAGCCCACACGUUGUCAUAUUGUCCCAGCAAGAGGCAGCCUCAUGAUUCUCUACCCUUGGCUGUCAAACUGAAGAACACAAUGCGAAAUGCUUCAUCAGUUCGACGAUUUAACCACUAAUGCAGCAGCUUUGACAUGAUCUUUGGUUUAUUUUCUCAUUAUUUUUUUCAAGGUUAUAUGUAGUGUUUGAAAGAAAAUUGUAGAAUUAUGGUGACAAGUUCAUAGAAUUUUAUAAAAAUUUUAAUAUUUUGACUUGCUGGUCAAAGCUUUUGAUGUUACAUUAAUUUGGUAUGUAAUGAAUAUAAUUUCUUUUAUGCUUCAAAUUCCAAAGAAAUUUUACAUACCUCAUUUACUUAUUUUAAUAUUGCAUGUUGCCAGAAUUCCUUGCAUGCACUGAAAUUAAUUCAGAAUUUCCAAGUUGAUCUUAAGCUCAAGCAAUUGCUUGAAUAGAUUAAGUAUAAAAAAAGCUUUUAAAAACAAUUACUUUUUUCCAAAGAAAAGGUCUUAGUUUAAAAAUGUAACUUGAAAUCAAAUAGGUUACAAAGUGAUCGUUUUUGUGUUGUAUUUGUAAAAUAAUGUUAACUAUAAUGUUCAAUUACAAAUUAAUAAAAAAAAAAUCUUUUGAAAAUGAUUUACCUGUAACAAUUACAGUAUAUGAAUGCUGCCCCAUCUUUUGCAAGGUAAAAAUAAACUAUUUCAUGAGAAUCUACUCAACCAGGAAAAGACAUUCCAAAAGCCUAUAAGUUGCCAGAUUUUCUUGCAUGCACUGAAAAUAAUUCAGAAUUUUCAAGUUGAUCUGAAGUUCAAGCAAUUGUUUGAAUGGAUGAAAUAUAAAAAAAAGCUUUUAAAACAAUUACUUUUUUCCCAAAGAAAAGUUCUUAGUUCAAAAAUAUAACACGAAAUCAAACAGGUUACAAAGUGAUUAUCUUUGUGUCGUGUUUGUAAAAUAAUGUUUAACUAAAGUAAUGUCCAACUAUAAAUAAAUAAACUUUUGAAAAUUAUUUACCUUUAAUGAUUACUCUAUAUGAAUGAUGCCCCAAUCUUUUGUAAGGUAGAAAUAAACAAUUUUAUGAGGAAAAGAAAUUCCAAAAGCACAUUUACUAAUUCCUUACCAUAAAUAAAGAAUUGGUAUAUAAAUAAGAAACACAAUGAAUUUGAAGACUUUACUGGUUAAAAUAAGUGGUGAAACAUACAGAAAGUUGGUCAUGCUUUUUAUGCACUAAACAAAAUAUAGAGAACUGUUACAAAACUGAAUGCUUCACUACAUCUAAACAAACAUAUAGGCCUUUUAUUACAAGCCUAAUCACAUAAAAAUUAAUACAUUUAAAUCAAAGUUCAGGUUCUUUGAGAUAUCUCUACUUCCACAGGGGGGAAAAUCAUGACAUACUUUACACUGCCAAACAUUUGGGCUUCGACCAAAAUGGUUAUCAUCCUCCCUCACAAAUAAAACUUUAAUUCUUGCUUG